AUGUUCAUGCUCCGUAAUGUGAGCAAGUUCCUAUUUGGAGACACCUCUAAAGAAUCCAUUAUCGAGAUCCCUCAAGGCCAACUGUAUUUGGUCCGCCCUCUUUCUCCAAAGGGUUACUCCGAGCUCAUCUUCAAAGACGCCGCGGCUACUAUUCGACGCACCGGCCAGGAGUUUCAGUACCAACUCGUCGUUCAGCGCGCCUACGAGGAAGGUGAGGAGGAGCUUGCCGAUGACGAGGAUGAACAAGGCGCCAGCGACAGUCUAGACAAGGACGAAAAGGUAUUCCUGCUUGACCAAGGCUUGCACUUCCGUGUUGUAGCCCGCGAAGGGGGUUCGAAAAUACUAGCUUGGAAUGAUUUGAGUGGCGACGCCGGUGAUCUUUUCGAGUUUGUCUGCGACCCAUCUGUGCCUGCAGACAAAGUCUCCACCUUCGAAUUAGCAGCGUGGCAGUGUCAGUACGAGAGGAAAUACAGGAAGAGCGCCCAGCGAGCAACGGAGCAAGAGCUUCAGGAAUUCUCCUUCAAGGAAGAGAAGUCAAUCCCUGCCGCCAGCCCAAUUUCCUCGCCAGUCAAAUCACGCGCACACUCGGUAGCGUCCGCCGGAGAGUCCGCUGCCGCCAUGGCUCGUGAUGUCGAGUAUUCGCGGUCGAAGGGCUUCAUAAAGCCAGUUGGGGAAGGGGAGGAACGUACAGUGGCCCCGCCCUCUGCGGUGCAGCCAGAGGCUAAGGAGAUUCUCGCAAAGGAAAAGGCGGAAUUGCACCUUUUCGACUUCUCCAGCGGGACUUUCAUUCUUCAGGACCCCAAUGUGGUUGCCACUGUGUCUGAAGUGGGCACCUGGCACUAUUGGUUGCAGAUCAGUGGCGAGGAUAAGGAAUGGCUUGGUCAAGCGGUCGUUGCCGACAUCAACCCGGUCUUCAAUUUUGAGUACCUGUCAUUCAUAUUCAAUCAUUACGGUGAAGACGGAUCCGCUUACUCAUGGCUACUCCGGUUCAAGGAUCAGGCCACAGAAGAGAGGUUUCAAGAGGGCCUAAUGCAGGCUCUUUGGGAACAGCUGAACGAAAUGAAAUGGGCCAAGGUCAAGGAGAAUGAUCGCGAGUACGUGCUGGAUGCUUUUCAGGACCUUACAAUGGAGGAUGCCGAGACCGAAGAGCAGGAGGAGGCCGAGGCCGUGGAUGAAGAGGAGGAAGAGCAGGACGAGGGUCAACGCAGCGAGCACUACGAUUCAGACGAAGAGCAGGAGGAUGUCAUUACGCGUGAUGAUGAUGGCAAUGUCAAUUCUCAACUGGCUGUCGGCUACAAGCACGAUCGAUCAUUCGUUGUCCGUGGAUCUAAGAUUGGGGUUUUCAAGCAUACACCAGAUAACAACCUGGAGUUUUCGACCAAUAUUUCUAAGGUCGAGACGCCUAAGGGAAAGCUCUUUAGCCCGAAGAAGGUCAUGUUGCAUGCUGAGGACCGCAAUAUGAUCCUCCAGAAUGGCGAGGACCCGCACUCGCUGUACCGUAUGGAUCUCGAGUACGGCAAGGUCGUUGAUGAAUGGAAGGUGCAUGACGAUAUCCCGGUGACCACAUUUGCACCAGAAAACAAAUUCGCCCAGAUGACCUCCGCUCAGCCGUUCAUUGGUGUCUCGCAGAACGCACUCUACCGCAUUGAUCCUCGAUUGGCAGGAGCCAAACUGGUAGAUGCGGACCUGAAACAGUACGCGAGCAAGAACGACUUCUCCGCAGUGGCCACCACUGAGAAGGGAUACAUUGCUGUUGCCUCCAAUAAGGGCGAUAUCCGCAUGUUCGACCGCUUGGGUAUCAAUGCCAAGACGCACAUACCUGCUUUGGGAGAGCCCAUCAUCGGAUUGGAUGUGUCUGCCGAUGGCCGCUGGGUCUUGGCUACCUGCCGAACCUACCUGUUGCUCAUCGACUCGCUCCAGAAAGAAGGCAAGAACGAAGGCAAGCUUGGGUUCGAGCGCUCCUUCGCCAAAGACUCGAAACCACAGCCUCGCCGUUUAGGUCUCACUCCUGCGCACGUCGCCCAGUUCCAGCAUGAAACUAAGAAGCCCAUCUCUUUCACACCAGCGCGUUUCAACACCGGUGUUGAGUCUCAGGAGACAUCUAUUGUCACUGCCACUGGUCCUUUCAUUGUCACUUGGAGCUUGAAGAAGGUGAUUGCCGGCCGGAAAGACCCCUACACCAUCAAGCGCUAUGCAGAAGAUGUCAUGGCGGAUAACUUCCGAUUUGGCUCGGACAAAAACGUCAUUGUUGCCCUGCCGAAUGAAGUUAACAUGGUCGCGAAGAGAACUUUCCAGAAACCCACUCGGGAAAGCAUCGCAGGGCCUCCUGUGACGCCGAGCCGUCGUAGCACUCGAUGGGGCAGCCGAUUGGGAAGAGACGAUAUUGUCAAUUCUCCCUAUUAG